AGAUCAAUUUAACAUGAUAUAAUAAAAAAAAUGUAUACAUGGACAUAGAAAUGAAGCUUAUUAUAUAAUGUUAUGGGCUGCCUUGGCAGAUCAUGUUCUCUUCCAAUAUCCUGUAGAGGCAAGCAGUCAUGGAAACUCUGCGCCUCUGCUUCCACAAUCUCUUAUCCUUCUAUCUCUCCGUCUUCGCCGCCGUUCUCCGUUUGAUUCUCUCCCCUUUACCCUCCAUCAAACGCUUCCCUAUCUUCGUCCCUUUCAUCGACGCUUACAUUUCCCUUUUAUUCCGCUUCUCCAAUCUCUCCCCAUGCACCCUCGAUUUAGACGAGCACACCACUAUCCACUUCUGGGCCCCUAAUCAUCGCCAUUUCAAUAAGCCUAAUCUCGUCUUGAUCCACGGUUACGGCGGCGACGCUAAGUGGCAAUUCAUGUACCAAGUCAAAUCCUUAGCUCAAUCGUUCAAUUUAUAUAUUCCGGACCUUCUCUUCUUCGGGAAAUCGUAUACGACCCGACCCGAACGAACCGAGGAAUUUCAAGCGAAAUGCGUAGUGGAAGGGUUAAAAGGACUGGGAGUGAAAAAGUGUUCAAUGUUUUCUAUUAGCUACGGUGGAUUUGUGGGGUAUAAAAUGGCGGAGAUGUAUCCGGAAAUGGUGGAGAAAGUGGUGAUACUGAGUAGUGGAGUUGGAUGCACGAAAGAACAGAAGGAGGAGCAAUUGAAAAGGAUAGGAAGAGAUCCGGUGGAAUUGCUAAUACCAGCAAAACCGGAGGAUUUGCAUGCGCUGGUGAACAUGUCAAUUUACAAGUAUAACCCUUUUAAGUGGGCCCCUGAUGCUUUUCUCCAGGAAUUCAUCGAUGUAAUGUGCAGAAGUUACCUGAAGGAGAAGCAAGAGCUAGUGUACCACUUGUUGUCCGAUCAUACAGAUUGCAUAUUGCCCAUCUUAACUCAGGAAACGAUGCUUAUUUGGGGUGAUAAAGACAGAGUUUUCCCUCUUAUGUUCGGCCAACAAUUGCAAAGACAUCUUGGGCCUAGAGCGAAACUGGAAAUAAUCAAGAACACAGGACAUGCAGCGAACAUCGAAUCUCCUGAUUCAGUCAAUGCUUUGAUUAAAGCAUUUAUCUUGCAGCGUAACCAAGAAGAGGAGCAUGUCAAGUUCACAUGAUACUUUCAUCAAAGCAUGGACAUAAAUGGUUGCAUCUAGUUGACACAAAGGAAUUAAUCCUGUCAAUGUCGAUGUUACUAAGCUUAUUUAUCUGUUAUUGCCUCCCUGUUUGUAAAUUAUUAACUGUUAAUGGGACUUUCAAGUAUGAAAAACUCUCGUACAAGUUAUUAGA